AUGACUUCACAUUCUGCAGGCGCGCUGCUGAACAGAGAUGUCGUCGACGCCUUCUACACCAAUCCACUUCCUGGCGGCGCCAACGCCUGGAGUCGGAGCACCCUGGGCGCCGCCCACAACUGGCGCCCUGCCCUCCAGGCCUUUACCAGGACCCUUGCAUCUUUCAGCUACCCUGCCGCCCUUUUCUGGGGCGAGGAUCUCAUCCUGCUCUCCAACCACGCCUGGGCCGAAGCCGGUGGCAUCGACCAGCAGGGCCAGCCGCAGCGUAAGUCGUUGUCUCCUGAGACAUACGAGAGCCUGUGCCACGCUCUGAAGGGUGGGAAGCAAACCCGCAUCAGGAGUCAUGAAAUCCUGAGGGCUUCCAAAGAAAAUGACACCGACUACACUCUGCUGGUCAGCCCACUGUUCGACGCCGAGGAUGGCGGGCCUAAGGAACCCGCCGGCGUGCUGGCCCAACUGUUGCCGCCCUCACCGACGGACAACAAACCCCGUGGCGACCAAGACAGACAAGCCACGCCGACGCGCGGCACCCCUCAGCUUGAUGCCCUCGAAGAUCCCAAGGACGACGGUGAGCCACAAGACAACGUUGCGCUUGAUCAACACCCCUUCUUCCAUCGCUUCGCCGAAAUGGUUCCGUGCGGUAUUGCUAUAUUAGACCAUAACGCCGAGGCCAUUUUCGUGAACCAACACUUCUUUGAUCUGACGUCGCAUCGAGCCGACGGUAACUCGUUCCAAGCAUGGCCCCAAAGUAUCUGUGAGGAGGAUUACGACCGGGUCAUGAAUGCCUACAAAGAAGCCUUCACGUCGCAACAGCAACUUCGCACUGAGUUCCGAGCCUCGAGCGAAGGCCACCCCUGGAGAUUGUUGUUUCUCAACCCUCUUGGCAAUGAGAGUCUACAGCACGUCUCCCUACGCGAGUAUGGUGGCUUCAUCUGCAGUGUCGUCGAUAUCACAUCCGAGAAGAGUGCCGAGUUGAGCGAGCGGAGGUCUGCAAAUGAGGCACGGAAGCGACGGGAGCAACAAGAGAAGUUUAUCGACAUGAUAUCUCACGAGAUCCGAAACCCCCUAUCUGCCGUGUUGCACUGUUCCGAGGAUGUCGCAGAAGCCAUACAAGGCGGACCUAACGGGGUCGACGUUGAUGCUAUCAGGGAAUCUAUCGAAACGAUCGACCUCUGUGUCCAGCAUCAACAGAACAUCGUCAACGACGUAUUGUCAUUCUCGAAGCUUGAUUCCGAAAUCUUGUCCCUCUCGCCACAGCCAUCGCAGCCGAGGAGGCAAGUCGCGAGAAGCUUGAAGAUGUUUCAGCCCGAGUUCCGGAAGCAAGGGAUUGACUUCGAAUAUGAAAUUGACAGUUCGUACGUGAAAAGCAACGUCGACUGGGUCAUGGCAGAUCUGCCACGAAUAGGCCAGGUUCUGAUAAAUCUGGUGACGAAUGCGAUCAAGUUUACCUCUCGGAAAAAAGGCGAGAAGAAGAUUCAGGUCGGAAUAGGAGCUUCGCUGAACCGACCGACGAGCUACCCACCCAAUGUGGUAUUCUUCAAUAGCGAGGAGGAGUAUCACUUAGACAGCACCAAAGACGCCGCGUGGGGCAAUGGCGAAGCACUGUACGUCAUGAUUGCGGUUCAAGAUACUGGGAUUGGCAUCAGUGACGACGGCCAGAAGAGAUUAUUCGAACGUUUCCAUCAGGCCACACCCAAGACGGAGGAGAAUUAUGGAGGCUCGGGAUUGGGGCUAAAUAUCGCCAGGAAAAUCUGCCACAUCCAUGGCGGAGAAAUCGGUGUCUCGUCCAAAGAGAAUUUAGGCAGUACUUUUGGCUUCUUUUUCAAAGUUCGGCGAGCAGAUACACCAGAGGACGGUUCACGUACUGAGGUCGAUCGUGGAGAGGACGAGGCGGAGGGACAGUUUGCGGAGCAGCUGCGCGCUCAUGGUACCGAGGAGCCGGAUCGUGCGGAUGAAUCCAAGAUGCCCACAUCGCUCAACCAUGCGCCGGUCCGGGACACAUCAUUAGUAGAGCCCAAUUCCGGAGAGGAAGAUACCCAAAGGGACCAUACUGCCGAGAUAGCCACAGAGGUGGACAAGGACGUGGGUCCACCAGAUGCUAAUCAAGCUCCCACCAGCAUGCGUCCUGCCCUUCGAGCGCAAGGCUCUGGAAUGGUUUUACGUUCGGCAGAGAUCACCGCAAGGGUAACUGACAGGGAUAAUACGAAAUCAACAGAAGGGGGCUGUAAUCAGAGCCAGUACAAAACGGAAAAGCCACAUGUCCUACUGGUUGAAGACAACGUCAUUAACCAGCGACUGCUUUUCCGCAAGUUGGAGAAGCAGGGGUACUUGGUCACCACAGCAAACAACGGCGAGGAAGCAGUCGACGCCGUCAAGAGCGCACCACCUCAUUCACCAUCGAGCAAUGAGUUACCCUUUGAUGUCAUCCUCAUGGACCAGGAAAUGCCUCGUCUAGAUGGCAACGGGGCAUCAAGGGCGAUCCGCGAGCUCGAGGAAAACAAUAAAGCACCGCGGAUCAAGAUACUUGGCGUGACAGCGAACGUUCGGAAGGAACAGCAAGAGGUGAUGAGGGAGGCUGGGAUGGACGAUAUAAUAUCGAAACCGUACAAGAUCGAUGAAAUCGUGGGGAAGAUUAGGGGUAUGAUCCAGAAGCCUGCAAGUUGA